AUGUUGCGCAAGCACCGUACCCGGGAGCUCACCAUCCUCGAUCGUGUCUAUGAGCACAUUAGCCUGCCGCCGCUCGUCGUGGCGGCGAUCGACACGCCGGCCUUCCAGCGACUGCGGUCAUUGCACCAGCUCGGCGCAUCCUCCUUCCUGUACCCCGGCGCCGUGCACACGCGCUUUGAGCACAGCAUCGGUGUCGCCCACAUGGCCCGCACGCUUCUGCUGAAUAUCCAACACCACCAGCCGGACCUGGGCCUGAGUGAGGUGGACAUCGAGCUCGGCAUGCUGGCGGGGCUGCUCCACGACGUCGGCCACGGUCCCUUUUCUCACUUGUUCGAGGACGUCGUCUCGCGCCGCUGCGGCAUCGAGUUCAACCAUGAAGACAUGUCGGAGAAGAUUGCGCGGCGUGUGCUCGGCGACCUGGUCCCGCAGACGCACGUGGACGUGGUCGUGGGGCUGAUGCGCGGCAAGGCGUUGCUGGGUAUCACAUACGGCGAGAUCAUCAGCAACAAGCGGAACGGCAUCGAUGUGGACCGUCUCGACUACUUUAUUCGCGACUCGAUGUGCUGCUUCGGCAAGCCUACCGUCGACGUGCGCGUAAACCGACUCUUCAACUCUGCACGCAUAGUGUGCGAGGAGGGUCAGUGGCAGCUGGCCUUUGAGCAGAAGUUGGCCCUCUCCCUCCGCGAGAUCUUCACGCUGCGGGCGAAGCUGCACAAGAACGUGUACCAGCAUCAAGUCACAAAGGCGAUUGGCCACAUGAUCGGGGACAUCAUCCACGCUGCGGCACCGCACUUUAGGGUGGGCGGCCGCACCCUCGUCGAGUGUGCUCGGGAUGAGACACUCUUUCUGAAACUCGGCGACUGGAUUUUGGAGGCGAUUGAGGCGAGCGAGGACCCGCACCUGGCCGAGGCGCAUGCCAUUCUGCGCCGCCUCCGCACCCGCGACAUCUACCGCGUCGCCUACUCGUCCGCUCUGGACAUCACGAUGCGGGCGCAAAUGGCGGCGGUGGACUGGCCAGCGGCCAUUCUCGAGCAUGCACACCCGUCGUUCCCGCUCAACGCGGACGACUUUAUUGCGGAGGUAGUUGCGAUCAACCAGGGCAAGGGUACGGCAGACCCGCUGGAGUCCGUGCUCUUCUUCAACCCCAAGAAGCCAUCACAGCCUCUCACGCGACUGAAACCUGCAGAGGACCUAAAGCACGGCAGCCCGCUCUUUACCCCGCUCCAGUUUGAAGAGCGUACGCUCAUGGUGUUUGAGCGCCGCCCAACGAACGGGGCGGUGCGGUGCGCCUGCGAGCGACUCAACGCUGACCCACAGUACGCCGCUUUCUUCACCGAAUCCCUGCCCUUCUACAAUACAAAGUAA